AUGUACGACAGCACGUCCGACAUCGACGAGGAUUUCUUCGACGCAUUAGCGCUUUUGCACUCAACCGAGCAAAACAGUGCGGAGAAGCUUCGUCGGAUGCUGGACGCUUGCAUCGAGAGGAAAUACGGUCCCGAAAAAACUUUGGCCGCUAGAAUGCCGAAGAGAUUUUUACGAAACGUCGACGAAUCCAUACUUCUGACACAAACCUCGAAGAGACAGAAAACAGGACAAAGCGCGAAAAAAAGCGAAUUCUGGGACAAUGAUCUCGAGAUCAUUUCUCUUCUCGAAACCAACGAGGCAAAGAACAUGGGGGAGAACAUCGGGAAUCAUCGGACAUUUGACAUAAAAGUGUCCGAGGACUGCAAGGACGAGGAGGACAUUCCCAGGAUCUCGAUUCCCGACGAAGGAUCCGCCGAUGGAAUUGUGUGCAAGAUCUGUAACGGCGCGAAACUGGGACCUCUGAUCUUGUUGGAGUGCCAGGAGUGUCAGGAGACUUAUCAUCCCCUGUGCCAUCAACCCCCGAUCAUCGACGUCGACGUUUACGACCCUAGAUUCGUGUGGCGGUGCAACCGGUGUAUCGAAACCCCAUCGGCAACUCCUACGAGGGUUAAGGGAACUAUGGAAAAGGGACCCGUGGGGAUAGUUCGAGCAAAUAGCGACACGGUCUCUAAAGAGGAUGCGAACAUUGCGGAAUUGAAAAUACCUGAAAAAAGAGAUGGUGAUUUAUUUGGGAAAAACGGCAUGAAUAGGCAUGAAUAUGUUUUACGUAGGAAUAAUGUCUGA